GGCCCCGGCAGGGCCCUCCGCGGAGGGCGUGGGGCUCCGGAGCUCCCGGCGAGCAGGUGACAACGCGGGCUGCCCAGCGCCGUGUGCGGAGCAUGUGCGCGCCUGUGUAGCACGGGCUGCCCCCAUGGGCAGCGGCGCCGGCUCCUUCCUCUGCCCCCCGUCUCUGGAAGUUCAGGCAGGAAACGCUCCUCAUGUCUCCCAGAUAAAAAUAAAAGCGACUCCCUCCUCCCAGCAACAGAGUGUCCCAGAGCUCGGCCAGACGCGGGGCUGAGCCGGCCCCGCCGCCCGGCAGCCCGUCUCCCCCGGCCGCCCCGGAGCGCCGGGCAGCGCCGCCGCCUGCCCCAUGGAUAUUGCAACAGGUCCCGAGUCCUUGGAAAGGUGCUUUACGCGGGGCCAGUCGGACUGCUCAAAGAUGCUGGACGGUAUUAAAAUGGAAGAUCACCCUCUGCGCUCGGGUCCGGCCACGUUAGGAGUGUUACUGGGGUCGGACUGCCAGCACCAGGCCGUGUGCGAAGGCUGCCAGAGGCCCAUCUCGGAUCGGUUUCUGAUGAGGGUGAACGAGUCCUCCUGGCACGAAGAGUGUUUGCAGUGCGCGGUGUGUCAGCAAGCCCUCACCACCAGCUGCUACUUCCGGGACCGAAAGCUCUACUGCAAACAGGACUACCAACAGCUGUUUGCUGCCAAGUGCAGUGGCUGCAUGGAAAAGAUUGCCCCAACAGAAUUUGUGAUGAGAGCCCUGGAGUGUGUUUACCACUUAAGCUGCUUCUGCUGCUGUGUUUGUGAACGACAGCUGAGGAAAGGGGAUGAAUUUGUUCUGAAGGAAGGGCAGUUGCUCUGCAAAAGUGACUAUGAAAAAGAGAAAGACCUGUUGAGCUCUGUCAGCCCAGACGACUCAGACUCAGUUAAAAGUGAUGAUGAAGAUGGAGAUGUUAAACCCACCAAAGGACAAGUAACCCAAGGAAAAGGAAGUGACGAUGGGAAAGACCCAAGGAGACCUAAACGACCAAGGACAAUACUUACUACACAGCAGAGACGAGCAUUCAAAGCAUCCUUUGAAGUGUCUUCCAAGCCCUGUAGGAAGGUCAGAGAAACACUAGCAGCUGAAACAGGACUCAGUGUGCGAGUUGUCCAGGUCUGGUUUCAAAACCAAAGAGCAAAGAUGAAAAAGCUAGCACGAAGGCAUCAGCAGCAGCAGGAGCAACAAAACUCCCAGCGACUAGGGCAAGUAAUGUCUAAUCGAAUGGAAGGGAUGAUGACAUCUUACACACCACUUGCACCGCCACAGCAGCAGAUUGUAGCAAUGGAUCAAAGCAGUUAUGGCACAGACCCAUUUCAACAGGGUCUUACCCCUCCACAAAUGCCAGGCGACCACAUGAAUCCUUAUGGAAACGACUCCAUUUUUCAUGAUAUCGACAGUGAUACCUCUUUAACUAGCUUGAGCGACUGUUUUCUUGCCUCUUCUGAAGUUAACUCCAUGCAGGCUAGAGUAGGAAACCCCAUUGACAGGCUGUACUCUAUGCAGAGCUCAUAUUUCGCCUCAUGAAAAUAAAAGAAAAGAAACAGCCGGCGUAUAUUUAGCCAGUGACUUUUUCCAGUGCAGACUCUACAGCCAUAUGUUGCCCAGCUCUUCCUUCACAGUGACUCCUGCCGCCUCUGGACUGCAAAGAGCAUUUUUAGGAAGACUAUAUCUGUGUGCAUAUAUGUAUGUAUGUAUAUAUAUAUCAAUACCUACCUACUUACAUACAUACAUAUAUAAACAAAACACAUCCACUGGUCCCAUACCCUUGAUUCCCAGCUUGCACCAGAUCAAGAGAGAAGCGUGGAAGGAACAGAAGACCCUGCUCUUCAGCAGCCUUUUUUUUUUUUGGUUUGGUUUGAGCUCAUCGUUGUAAAGGAAAUGGAUUUUGCAGAAAGCUAGACCUUUCCCUCCUUUCUCUCUCCCUUUCUUUUGGAUGUUUAAUUUUUUUUUUUUUUAAGCCACUGAUACUGACAUCGGUCAACCACAUGAAAAAUAAAUCAAAGAAACUGGAGAUUCCUCCCUUUUCUUACUGCAUGAUUCAUACUAUGUUGUGGAUAAAUUGCCAUUGAACUGUGAGAAGUUAAUGUAAAUGUGACGUUCAACAUUUGUUUCCUUUCUACACUUUUUUUACAUAAUCUAGAUCUGCUGAUUAGUUUAUAGCCCUUAUACAUAUGAUACUGAGGAAACUGGUUAACAGUUAUAUUUAUGGAGAAAGCCAGUGAUUUUGUAAUAAGAAAGGUCUAUGACCCUGGAGAGGAGAUGCAUGUUAGGGACAGAGGCAUUUAGGUUAGUAUUGAUCUUUAUUAAUUAAAACUAAAGGUGCUUACAAGACAGAGUUUUAUUUAUUAUUUUUUUUUGCAGUGUGAGAAUAAAACGUUUACUUUUGUUUGUAAGUAUUUCAGUGCCAAAUUCCAAGUCUAGGCUAUGAUUGGCAAACAUGUUGUUCAUUCUGUUCUGUUUAUUUAUGUUUUGCAUGAGGCAUAAAUGUGCUAUUCUCCAUUGUCCAUCUGCAAUAAUUAAGCACUCCUUUAGUUAAUUAUCUUGCUUCAGCAAGAAUCUAUGAUAUACAGUUCUAGCCUGAACCAUCAGAAGUCCUGAAAUGUGCACCAGCUAGGAAGAAAAAAAAAAAAGUAGGAGAGAGAUCACAAUGGGAGGUUUAGAUAUACUGAGCUGGAAUCUAACAGAAAUACUGCAAGUUUCACGCUGAUUUACUGUAUUUACAGUAAAUACUCCAACUAACCUUUUAGUAGUGCAAAUGGAAGAACAAGAAAUGCAUAAAUUGAAGGAAAUGACCCAGAUGAAGUUUGAUCAUCUCAGAUGCUGAAGUUUGAGCAUAUGUCAUAUAGGUUUUCAUAGGGCAUAAAAUAUCAUAAAUAAUAAUAGCAUAGUUAUAAAUAUUGCCUGGUGAUAAUUAUAAUGUGGAGAGGCAGACAAGUACAGUCAUGGUUCUUAGUGGAGAAAACUUCAUUGGGAAAAUUUGCCAGGGUAAUAUCAGUAAUUAUAGGGCGUGUUCAAAAUAGAGCUCAUGGGGAAAGAUUGGCAGGAUAGGCCCUUUCUGAAAUAAAUACCUUUACUAUAUUGACCAUAAUAUCCAAAAACAAACCGAAGUGUUGGUUAAUCUGAUUCCUUUGGGUGAGGACUGGCAGCAGCUCAGAGCAGCAGCCUCCUGGGGAGGCGUAGAGCAUUCCAUUUGCAGGAGUGCAGACACUCCCUGGGACCCUGACCCUGGCCAAGGGGCGCUAUUCCUGCGUGGGGAGGGAAGGAGUGCCCACUGCACCCAGCCCCAGAGCUCCUCUGCCCACAGAGCCUAGUUCUGCUGGGCAGCCAAGUGCCCCUUCGCCCAUGCAGCAGGGCUCUCUCCCUGUGCCCCAGAGGGAGGGAUGGCAUGGAUAGGUGGUAGGUCCAAGGGAACAGGUAAGAUCAUGUUCUUCUCCAAUAUGAAGAUGCAGGCUGAGAGCGUCAGAGGUUUAGUAAGAAAGCAAAUUUCUGUCUUUGAGAUAAGCCCAUGCAUCUUCACACUGUGAUGAGGCUUGCACUAGGGGAGAAGACUACAUGCAUACACUGCAGCAGAGCUAAGCGCAGACCUGGAGGUAAACCCCUCCUGCUGCAGAGCAGUGGCCAACUCACCACCUGCCUCAUACAGGGCCCUUCAUGUGUGAAGGAACAAACAUCCCUGUGUGGGGUGAUGCUCCCCUUCCUGUAGGUGCCUAUUUCAUCUCUCCAAGGAGCCUGCCACGCCCAGGGAGGUGGGUCUGUUACUUUUGCUAGUAACCGUUCUCUCACUUUCCGGUAGGGAUGUGUUUUUUUAGUUGAAGGUUGUGAGCCCCUGGAUAUGUUUUGAAAUUGGAAGAACUUUCUUUUCGCAGCCAUUCUUCCCUUUCUUUGCGUGUCAAGAUAAAUAACAAUUUCCUUUCUCUCUUCAGUGAUAGCAAACAUAAAGAACUCAGGUGAGCUAUACUGCUUACAGGGCAGAAGGCAAGCACUUUUCAUGUAGCACAUUAUAAACAUUUAUAACCACCAAUCUCAAUGAAUUCAUAAUAUUUUCCUCCCCAUCCUCCUCCUGUGCUCAUCCAGAAUCAUAGAAAAGCGUGUUCACCAUCUCAAACAUACUGGGUUUAUAGACUAGACAUAAAUCUUGCUUUGUCCCUCAUUCCUGGCAGGACCAAAAUGGCAUUUAUUGUAUACAGAGACUUAAGUGAUAACUAUAAUGUGUCCUACAGUUUGGAGAACUGUCUUGUCCCAACUCUACCUCUGCUUCUGGGCUGGUUGUUGAAAAUACAAUCGAUUUCCAAGGUAAAGAAUCCAAUAUCCCGUUUGAUAGCUGAAGUAACCAUAAUCUUUUGCUGUUCUUUAGAUGGUUGUUUGCUACUUUUUUUUUUCUUUCAUUGCACUGUACCUGUACAUACCGUCUCCUUUUCCCUUGGUGUGUUGUAUGAUGAUGCCUUAGCUGUUUGUUCCCCCAUUUUCUACCACCUCUGGUGCCACAGACACUACACAGUCAAGCCAUCUGGCGUGCAUAAUGCUUCCCUUGCCACUGUGGAUUGCUGCUGGUCAAGGGAAGGAAUGCAUGGUCAGUGAUUUCCAGCAGACCCAUUAAAUCUGGCAAAGGCCAAAGUUCAUUAAAGCAAAAUAAAUGUCACUUUUUUGUGGAAUGAAUUAUCCUACUGGAGUGUGAUCAUUGUGGUUUUAACCUGGGACCUGCAGUAAAAGAUUAUAUAGCAACCUCUGACCUUUUUGAUUUCUGUUUUACUCUUCUGUUGUCAAGGGAAAUGUCACCAAUCAGGUGAAAGUAAAAUGUUUAAUGGUCCAUAUCACAGUAAUAUCUUAUACUGAGUCAAAUUGAUAAACCCUUGCCAAAAAUUCUUAGCAUCUGGCACUUCUACGGAAACCACAAACAAUGAUUGCACAUAUGGGAGCUUGAAGGUUAGAGGUCAUGACAGCAGUUUAUUACAUGCACCUUACAGUGAUCAUUUUCCCUAGGAAAUUAACCCUUUUCUAAUAUAAAUGCAUCAAGUGAACUCUUCAUGGUGUUCCAAUCAUUGUUUUGGCUAAGCAAGGAAUACGUGUUAAGCUAAAGUGGUGACAAGAUGCAAUUAAGUAAAAGAUGAUUGAUUAGGUUUCAGUGUUUGCUCAAUAAUGUUUAAAAAAGGUUACUGUGAGAUCAGAAUGAAUACACUAAGUAACAGCUUCCUCAGAGGUCUUUAUUGUGCAAUUACAAGAUCUGUUCAUAAAAGCAAUGGUAGCACACAGAGUUUUUCCUGCCUUCAUGAAUGGUUACUGAACAGUGUGGUCACUGAACCCACCAACUGGCUCUCAGCUGAGCAGCAGCAUAUUUCCAUUGCAUGGUUGAAUGUCAAGGGAACGAUUCCUACCAUGUACUGCUCCUUUCAGCCCCCCCCUAUUUUUCACAAUACUAUGGGAUAAAACCCAUAUUCUAAGCAGUUAGGGGGCUGGCAGUAAAUGUGUUUAGUCACAACAUGAAAGACAGUUAUGUUGCUGUAAGUAAAAAUAUAGUGGUUGCACUCACUAAGAUUGAAACUGCAUCCUAGGAAUUUUGAUCUUAUUUACUUCUUUAAACACUGUCAUCAAAAACAUCCAGAUCACUUAACCCAGUUGCUGCUAACCAUGCUGAAGACAUGACUCGUGUUAGUCUCACGAUGGCUGCUGAGUAGGUCCUUCAGACUCACCCUGCACAAGUCUGAUGAAUGCUACCAGGUCCUUUAAGGAGAUCACUGCUGCUCUAUCAGCAGCAACCUAGCCACCUCACUGUGCCAUCAUUGCAUGGGGAAGGGCCUUCAUGCUGGCAAACCUUCCAGGGAUGAUGUGAACCCACUUACCUCUUCAUACUGUGCUCAGGACUCCCUUCCAGUUUCCUUAGGGAUCAGAAAUACCUCCCAAGUCACCUUCCUAGGUGCCCCAGGGAACCCAGCUCACCACGAUAGUGCUAGGGAUGUUGCAAGCUGGGGUUUGCAAGAGCACCUUCUUCAAACCAUGUCAUAAUAAUUCUGGCUGUCCCAUAAAGUCACUAAAAAUUAACAGCAGAAUGAAAGAGGGAGGAAAAGGCUCUCACAAGCCCCAAGUUUGGUCAUAAAAGUGAAAGGAAAGAGAGCAUAUUAAAGCACAUCAAAGCCAUGGAAGUUGGAACCACAGUACACAAAGUCUGAAAUGCUCAGGGCAGUGCUUUACACAAUCUGAUGCCCAAACCAUUCAUGCCAUGCAUUCACGGAGAGCAGAUGUUCCCUGCAUGUGCUGGUACAUCUUUAGUGUGUCUUCAUUCCUCCUCAUCCUGGUGGCACUGGACAGCUGACAUCUGCACCCACAGUGAUGUGGCUAGGGCUUCAGGUUUUGGGUCUGUCUUGCUAGGUAACUACUUACACACUUGCUUAACUUUUGGCAGGUAUGUAAAGCCUGUAGACUUUGGUGGGAUUUAAGCACAGUCUUGCUCAUUUGAGGCCUACCUGAAUAAACUGAAACUAUUUGCCUUCCUAAAGGGUACAGCCAAGGUCCUUUUGGUUCUGUACACCAUUCUUCUGUUUAGUAGUGGCUGUGAAGGGACUGCCAGAUAUUUAACAUUGGGAACUCUGUUUUUAAGUGAACACCUUAUUUUUUAGCUGUGUAUGGCUGUAUUACUUGUAUAUUUAUAUAUUCUGUAUUUAUGUUAUCAAAAUGUAGUAUUUUGUAGCUGUCUGUUACAAUUUGUUUAACUUGUAAAAAAAUAUGAAUAUGCUCUCUCAUAAUUAACCAUCUGCCUUUCACAGUAGUUUCCCUGCUCCUUUCCCUCUGCAUUGGUAACAAACCACCAUAAUGUAUGUAGAUCAUUGUCUUUUUUUUAUUUUAUUAUUAUUAUUAUUUAAUUACUUGUCAUUGUUAAAUUAUUUAUUAGUGUUUUUAAAUUUCAUUUCACUGAUUUUUUUCCUGCCACCAUUGUCUGGCAGCUAAGAUACAUGAAUUUCUCAUACAUUAUGCUUCUUCCUUUGUGCACAUGCACACAUACACACACAAACACAGUAAACAAAAACAGAAAAAGAAGGAAAAAAAGAUAACACUUCAGUAUAUUUGUAAAUAAACAACCUGUAAACAAAGCAGGAUUUUCUUUCAGUGUGCAGUUCUUUCUUUGCUUUUGCAGACUGAAAGUGUUUUCUCUGCAAAGUGGGGGAUGGCACCACUGUUUUCUCAGGCAGGAUAACCAGGGGAUCAUUAUAACCGACCACUGUGUUAUAUAUUUAUUUUUUAGUGAUGUGGAAUGGUAGUCCAGGCUGUUAAUUGAGUGCCCUCCUUUGUUCCAAGGGGACAUAAAGCAAGGGCAAAGACAGGGUCUCUCUUCACACUGUUCUUCAUCUUCCAUAGUUUGAGUGCGCCUCCGCAGGAAUGGGGACAGUAUUUUACAUAUCACCAUGGCCCUCAGCCUUCUUUGCAUGGGCUGUCUUAAGACAGGCAAAGUCUGUAGGAAUUGAAGAUGGUGCAACCAGACUACUCACACAGCUAUAACUCUGUCAGGACCAAAGUGUGUGCGGGGUCUACUUGUUCCUGUUAGCACUAGGAAGAGAGGCAACUUCUUGCCCACUCACAACAUCUGCGUCCUGCAUACUAGCCUGCCUCCAGGGCUUACUCUUAAGCAUAUGAAUAUGAGCAGUCAACUGCAAUAAGCCUAGCAGAAAGCAUACCAGGAAUACCUGGGAUCACGACAAGCUUGGGUGCACUGCCUUGAUGCCACCAGCCACAGGCACAGCUGUAGAAGAAAAUGGGAAAAUACCUCUUAGAGCAAACAGCUGACACCAUGAACACAGCAUCUCACACUGGCCCUCUGAUUCUUCCAUUGAGUAGCAGAGUUCUAGAAGAUUAUCAGUGUUUCUGAUCCAUGAACUGCUUCAGGGGAAGACUGUAGUAGUCAUUGCCACUGACUGCUGUGGAGAGCUGCAGCCUAAGUGGGUAUCCAACUCUCAGAUAAGUUUGGGAAGGGGUGGGGGGUGGUAAGAGCUGUUUGCUGCUGUUAAUAACAUCCUGGGUGCAAACUCCAGCUGUCCUGCUGUUUACCAGGGCUUGGCGAUCAUCAAGGGAAGGAUUAUCCAGGGAACCCACUGUGCCUGUGCCCUGACCCUACACAUUUCCCACUGACACCAGCUAUCGAUGGGAUUCUCACCCACUGAGCUGUGGUAUGGUCU